AUGCAGUUUCAUCUUACACAUGGAUCAGCCAUUCAGCUGACCAAGAAUCGGACAAUAGCAACUAGAUCUGUAGACACCUUUUGCAAUGGGAUUGUAUUUUCCGACCAGCCCAUCAAGCUUGGUCAAAAGAUUUGCGUGGAACUGGCCUCCGUGGCCAUUUGGAGUUCAGCAGUGAGGAUUGGUGUCACUGCAGUGGAUCCAGCAGGAGUUGAUUCCGACCAACUGCCCAAAUUCUCAUAUCCUGCCUUGACACAGACAGAAGGUUACUGGGUAAGGGUGGUAAAUGAGAAUUUGAUAACAGAAAGGUGUCGUCUGACAUUGUGUCUGACAUUUCAUGGCCAACUGCAGCUUUUGAUUAAUGGGAUACACAAGGGAGCUCUGCUGCUAGGUCUGGCCACACAUCAAAACUUGUGGCUGUUGUUGGAUUUAUACGGCAGCACUAACAGUGCCAAGUUUGUUCAGCCAG